GUCCGCGCGAUUCCAUAAAUUCCUCACGCGUCGGGGCGCGGGAGAGCUGCCCGCGCCAACAUGGCGGCGCCCAGUUGUGGCGAGUUCUUUCGCUUCGAGUUUUGGCCAGGGCGGGGGUCUGGGCUUUAGGCAGGUAGUAUUUAAUUUCACAAUGUUUGGGGACCUAUUUGAAGAGGAUUAUUCCAGUGUGUCAAAUAAUCACUAUGGAAAAGGAAAGAAAUUAAAGACCAAAGCUUUGGAGCCACCUGCUCCUAGAGAAUUCACCAAUUUAAGUGGAAUCAGAAAUCAGGGUGGAACCUGUUACCUCAAUUCCCUUCUUCAGACUCUUCAUUUCACACCUGAAUUCCGAGGUAUGCUAUGUUACAUGCAUUUGUUUAGUAAUAUACUUCAUUUAGAAACACAUUUGUUUCUCAUUCAGGUCCGAAUCAUACCUUUACAGUUACAGCGGUUGUUUGCACAGCUCCUGCUCUUAGACCAGGAUGCUGCAUCCACAACAGACCUCACUGACAGCUUCGGGUGGACCAGCAAUGAGGAAAUGAGGCAACAUGAUGUGCAGGAACUGAAUCGAAUUCUCUUUAGUGCUUUGGAAACUUCUUUAGUUGGGACCUCCGGCCAUGACCUCAUCAAUCGUCUAUAUCACGGAACCAUUGUUAACCAGAUUGUUUGUAAAGAAUGUAAGAAUGUCAGUGAAAAGCAGGAAGACUUCUUAGAUCUAACAGUAGCAGUCAAAAAUGUAUCAGGUUUGGAAGAUGCCCUCUGGAACAUGUAUGUAGAAGAGGAAGUUUUUGACUGUGACAACUUAUACCACUGUGGGACUUGUGACAGGCUGGUUAAAGCAGCAAAGUCGGCCAAAUUGCGUAAGCUGCCUCCCUUUCUUACUGUUUCAUUAUUAAGAUUUAAUUUUGAUUUUGUGAAGUGUGAGCGAUACAAGGAAACUAGCUGUUACACGUUCCCUCUCCGGAUCAAUCUCAAGCCUUUUUGUGAACAGAGUGAAUUAGAUGACUUGGAAUAUAUGUAUGACCUCUUCUCAGUAAUUAUACACAAAGGUGGUUGCUACGGAGGACAUUAUCACGUGUAUAUUAAAGAUGUUGAUCAUUUGGGAAACUGGCAGUUUCCAGAGGAAAAAAGUAACCUAGAUGUGAAUUUGAAAGAUCAGAAAGAGGAAGCAAUUGAUGAUCCAUUGAUGAUUCUAAAAGCAAUCUUACUACAGGAGGAGAGUAGUCUAAUUCCUGUUGAUCAGCUGGGCCAGAAACUCUUGAAAAAGAUAGGAAUAUCUUGGAACAAGAAGUACAGAAAACAGUACGGACCACUGCGAAAGUUCUUAAAGCUUCAUUCUCAGAUAUUUCUGCUCAGUUCAGAUGAAAGUACAGUUCGUCUAUUGAAGGACUAUUCUCUCCAGGCUGAGUCUGAUUUCCAAAGGAAUGAUCAACAAGUUUUCAAGACACUUACUUCAAAAUCCCCAGGAUUAAAUGAUAGACCCUCGUGUCCCCACUGGUUUGAUAUAAAUGAUUCCAAAGUCCAGCCAAUCAAAGAAAAGGCCAUUGAACAGCAAUUUCAGGGUAAAGAAAGUGCCUACAUGUUGUUUUAUCGGAAAUCCCAGUUGCAGAGACCCCCUGAAGCUCGCGCUAACCCAAGAUACAAGGUUCCAUGUCAUUUACUGAAUGAAAUGGAUGCAGCCAACAUUGAACUACAAAUAAAAAGGGCAGAGUGUGAUUCUACAAACAAUAAUUUUGAGUUGCAUCUCCACCUCGGGCCCCAUUAUCAUUUCUUCAAUGGGGCCCUGCACCCAGUAGUGUCUCAGACAGAAAGCGUGUGGGAUUUGACCUUUGAUAAAAGAAAAACGUUAGGAGAUCUUCGACAGUCAAUAUUUCAGCUGUUAGAAUUUUGGGAAGGAGAUAUGGUUCUUAGUGUUGCAAAGUUUGUACCAGCAGGACUUCACAUUUACCAGACACUUGAUGGAGAUGACCUGACGCUGUGUGAAGUUGACAUUGCUGACGGGGAAGACAUCUUUGUGUGGAACGGGGUGGAGGUUGGCGGAAUCCAAAUUCCAACUGGUGAUGACUGUGAACCUCUGCUUCUGAAUGUUCUUUCUCUCACUCCGAGCGGUGAGGGAGGAGAGUGUCAGCAGUUGAUAGAAUCUCCACGUGUCUUUCCAUCCAAUGUACAAUUAGGCACAGUAUUCAGUGCCCUUGCAAUCCCAGAAGGAGUCGUCCUGAUCAGCAAUACUGAAUCUAUAGGUGAAGAGAGUUGGACCACCGUUCCCAAGGAAGACUUGAAGAAGACAUUCAGAGAACAAGGUCUCAGAAAUGGAAGCUCAAUUUUAAUUCAGGAUUCUAGUAGUGAUAACAGUUUGUUGACCAAACAAGGGAAAUGGAUCACUGGUGUGAAUGACACUGACUGGCUCCAAGUUAAAAAUUUAUGCCAAUUAGAAUCUGAAGAGGAGCAAGUUAAAGUAUCAGCAACUGUUAACACAGUGGUGUUUGAUAUUCGAAUUAAAGCCAUAAAGGAAUUAAAAUUAAUGAAGGAACUAGCUGAGAACAGCUGUUUGAGACCCAUCGAUAGAAAUGGGAAGCUUCUUUGUCCAGUGCUAGACAGUUACACUCUGAAGGAAGCAGGAUUGAAGAUGGGGAGUUCGUUGGGACUGUGUCCUGGAAAAGCGCCAACGUCCUCUCAGCUGUUUCUGUUUUUUGCCGUGGGGAGUGAUGUCCAGCCUGGGACAGAGAUGGAGAUCAUAGUAGAAGAAACGACAUCUGUGAGAGAUUGUUUAAAGGUAAUGCUGGAGAAAUCUGGCCUGUCAGGAGACACAUGGCAUUUACGAAAAAUGGAUUGGGAUGCAACACUGAAAGAGCUUAUGAUAUCUUCUGGAGAUACGUUGCUUUUAAUUGAAGGAAAACUUCCUCCUCUGGGUUUUCUGAAGGUGCCUGUCUGGUGGUACCAGCCGUGGAUCCCCUCGCGCCCCUGGAAGAGUCGUCAGGACCAGGCAAGCUGCACCUUUUCUCAGGGCGGGGACUGGAGAGCUGCCUCCACCCAAGGUGCGCCCAGUGACGGGCACGCAGAAGGUUCCCUCCUCUUCCUGGGAGACGUUGACAUCUCCGAAGAUGCCGCUUUGGUGGAGCUGAAGUCUCAGGCCAUGACCUUGCCCUCCUUCUCAGAGUUUUGCAUCCCAUCCCCAGCCUUCCUCAGAGCCUGGACCGUGGACAGCAAGCGCCCGGGCAGGCUCUUGCGAUUCCACCACCAGCAGCUCAAGGAAUAUAAAUUGGGAAGGAGAACUGAGAUCUGCUUAGAGCCCCUUCAGAAAGAAGAAAACCUGGGCCCCCAGGACAUGCUGCUGAGGACACAGAUGCGCCUCCCUGGCAAGAGGGCAUACGCCCUGCCCAUGGACAUGGUGUGGGACACUGCCCGAGGCUCGACGGCUGGCUCCCUGAGGCAGCGAGUGGCUGACUUCUAUUCUCUCCCUGUGGAGAAGACUGAAAUUGCCAAAUACUUUCCUGAAAAGUUUGAGUGGCUUCCAGUAUCCAGCUGGAAUCAGCAAAUUACCAAGAGGAAAAAGAAGAAAAAGCAAGAUAAUUUGCAGGGGGCGCCUUAUUACUUGAAAGAUGGCGAUACUAUUGGUGUUAAGAAUCUCCUGGUUGAAGACGACGAUGAUUUCAGCACAGUCAGAGAUGACAUUGCAAGAGAAAAGCAGAAGCAGCUUGCUGUGGGGAAGAAGAGCCAAGAAGCCCUGCAUGUGCAGAGCAGCGAUGCCGCCUCCGGCGCAGAGACGCUUGCCCGGCCCCGGGGACCAGAAGCUUCCCUCUCCAUCCACGUUGGGAGUUUCAGAUAGCAGCGGGGCCCGGGAGCGGGCCUGUUGGUGCCUGCCUCGUGCAGCACGGACUUCACACCUCUGCCUUGUCACGAGCACGGGCGUUUCGUCUCAGACCGGAUGUCGGAUUCCCCUGGAAUAGACUGAGCUGUAAAUGACCAAGUCCCGGGGUCCUCAGCCCAUCUGGACGGGAAACGCGGCAGCUACUCCGUCACCCUGUCCCCAGUCACGCCUGGCAGUGAGACAUGACGAAGCGCCGUGGGUGUGUGCAUUCUGGAAAGCCACUGCACUUCAGAGACUUCAUAAGCGAAAAGAAGAGAAGUUUCCAGCUCCCUCCAGUGGCCCAUUUCCCUUUGUGAGCCCGCCCGGCCCUGCGGCCUCCUGUCCCCGCAAGCUUCUGCCCCGGGGCUACAAUGCCACCACCAGCACCUCCUUCCAGGUGCCUGUACAAGCCCUGGGCCCCCUCACCCCUCAAAGCGGUGACUCUGCACUGAGGUCAGAGCUGCCCAUCACGCCUGCUCUCCUGCCCCCCCCCCCGGGGGUGUGGGAGCAGCUCCGCCACCCACAGCCCGGCCACUCGUGCCUCCCCGGGGACGGCCCCCCAGCCCCACCCCAGUCUCUCCUGCUCCCUAGUCCGGGGUCACCUCCGUGUUGGGUGUCUCAGGAUUCAGCAACCAGCCGUGACAAACGGUAAUCUGACCCAGCACCAGUGUGCCGAGGGUGGGCACCGCGAUAGAAUGUCUCUUCUGGAAGACAAGGCAAACCCCAAGCGGCCCGGCCCCCACGGUCACGGGCCUUGCACCACGUCCUCGCCCAGGGCCUGCUCUCUGGGGGUCCUGCCCGUCCCCCUGGCAGUGGAGGACAUCCCUCUGCGGUAGCUGCACUGGGGCACUUCCCCCGAGUGCCCAUCCUGGGGACCUGGGGACCGGGGCCUCGGGGACCAAGUGACCACCGGCUUUUUCCUGCCUGGCGGGGUCUGGCCGGCUUCCCCGCUGCCUGGGAUGCCCAGGGGACUUGCAGGUGGCCUGUGAGUGAGGACGCCUUCCGCUCCCCAGCCCGCUGCUUCUCCUCUGUUUUCCAACCUGCUUGUGCUUGUGACCGAAACUGCAAAGGCCAAGCCCUGGCUCCUGCCGGGACCGACACUGUUCGGAGGCCAGUGCCCGGGCUGGGCUGGGCUGUGUGGCUGGAGGUCCCCCCCUGCCCCCGUCCUGGCCACUGCAGGCUCAGACCCGCCCCACAGGUGUGCCGGGCGGCUCCGAAGUCCCCUCCGCGCGGUUCCCAGCGCCGCUUUGGCCUCACACCUGCAGAGCGCGGGUAACUCGUGUCUCUGUGUGCUUUUGCCUUUCCAAGGGCUGUGAGGUCUUUGCCCAAUUCUACCCUCGGGAGAGACGAGUACUUGUUCUGGAAAGACAGUGACAGGAAUCAGUUUCAACUCUGAGACAGAACAGGACAGCUGCAGUGCCCACUCACGUCAGAGGAGCGCAGGGGAGGCCGGGACCCGGAGGAGACGCGGCGAGUCCGGGAGCAGCUCUGGCUGCUGGCGCUUCGGCCGUCACGUCCACGCUCCAGGGCAGCAGCAGGAGGAGCUGAGAGAAAGGCACAUUCUCAUAUUUUUAAGGAAACUUUCUGGAAAUUUCAGUCAAUAUUUCUCUCAGUCUUGUGACUAAGGCCGACUGCAGAGGAGGCUGGGGAAAGCGGCCACGUUUGCAGAGGCCCCUCUGGGCCCAUGGCUUCCCGGGACGAUGCAGGUUCUGCUGGGGGCGGGGGGAGGGAGGACCGAUGCGUGCGGGCCUCAGCCGCGGCCUCGGGGACGCCCAGAGAGGCUGAGCCCCAGUGACACAACGCAGGGCGACGUGAGGCCUGGGCGCAGAGCUGAAAGGCACCCGAAAAGCUCAGGAGUCAUUUUUCCAUACAGUAUUUUUAGAUAUCAAAAUUAAUGCAGAAAAUCCACAAUGAACAAAAUACCAAAACUUUUAAAUAAAGGCAGGGUCAACACAAGUCGGGCCAUGCAGGCCAAGAUACUCGCUUUAGAAAACAAACAUCUUCCAAAGUCCCUGCCACGUCCUGCGGCCAGGCGCACGGCCACCGCUGGCCAGCUCCGUCCCAGAGCUCUCCUGAGGAAACUGAGCUGGGGUCAGAAGGAAGAAGGAACAACAUGAAUAGAAGUGCUCCCUUUCAUGGAGGAUAGCAGGAAGAAGGGGGAGGAUGGGGUGCAGUGGUCACAUGCGUGUCUCGGUUUCCCUUCUCCAGCCCCCAGGCCCUCCCCAAGUCCUCCUCAGUCGUCAGGCAGUGUACACACUGAGCUGAGAGCCAUGAAGGGGCCAGAAUUCAGGGAGGGAGUGGAAGCCCCCAGGGCCGAGGCGAGAGGGUCACCAGGAACACCCCCUGGUUACAGCUGCCAGCCUCCAGGUGCACGGUCAGCACCCCAGCCAGCAGGCAGGGCCACGCUGGCAGAGGGGCCGCUGCUGACCAGCCGGUGCCGAGGGACAGCUCACGGCAAGAGGGCUCCCUCCCUCCCGUCUCCCCUCAGACUCACGUGCCUCCCUCCUUCCAAAGACCUGGAGAGCAUCUGAAGGGGAAAGCAGGACCAGGCGGGCGUUAACUGAGGAACUUCUUCCCUGCGGGGACCUUAAACCCCGAGGCGCCCUCCAGCAGAGACCGCUGGCUGGUGAGCGCAAGUCACGGCCCUUUCGUCCUCGGCAACGGCCGCACUGCAUUUGCCAGCCUCCUUUGCAGCCAGGUGCGGCCAGGUCCCCCAGGUUUCCAUUUCCACAGCACUGCUUGCAGGCUGGCUCAGGAAACCCCUGUGCGCUCCUCCUCCCUCCCCUGACCCCAGCAGGAAGGCGAUGACCCCACCAGCCGUCACCCAGAUCCCCGAGUGACCACGUGGAGGGGCUGCAGCCUGAAACACACCUGCCCACUCCUGUUCUGGAAACGAAAACACUUGGUUCUGUUAAGAGUCAUUGCACUUGGUGGUUUACUUGUUGAAGCAGCUUAGCCUACCCUAACUUGAAAAUUUAUGUUACUAGAUCAGAUCAAAUUUAAACCGGACAUAGCACUUGUUUUCUGGUGGAUGAAUUCUUAACAAGAAACUGCAUUAAAUCCUGCAAUCACAUCGCA